UUCGGAGUGCUAUGCCGAACCUAGCAACUAUUUGCACGUAGUGCUCAGUUAUCUGCGGCCUGUCAGUUAACGCUCACAUUUAAUAAUGUGUGAAACUUUUUUUUUCUGCUUUACAAUGUCAAAGAAAGAAAAACAGUUUUUAAGUGAGUUUAUUGAGUUGUACAGAUCAUUCCCGUGUCUCUGAAGAAUCAAAUCCAAGCAGUACAGUGAUCGUAAUGCGAAACAACAGGCUUAUGAAUGUAUGAUGGAAAAAAUGCGGGAGUUCGGUAUAGGAGCAAACAAAGAAACUGUAGUAAAAAAAUUAACUCUUUAAAAACCGCGUACAGGAGAGAAUUAAAAAAAGUUAUUAAUUUGGAGAGGUCUGGUGCUGGUGAAGAAGACGUGUACGUUCCCCAUUUGUGGUAUUUUGAUUUGCUUAUUUUUAUACGGGAUCAAGAAAUUCCACGAAAGACGCAAACCAAUGUUGAAGAUGAAGAUGAAGAAUCAGAACUUCAUCAAUUUACGGCUGAGCGUGAUGAAGCAACUAGUGAAUCAGGAUUAUUCUCACCAAGGGAGUCGCCAAGUAUUUCUCCACCCUCUACACCACACUCUUUAACGUUGGGACCAUCCACAUCCACACGCCCAUCCACUUAGACAACUAGAACCAUGAAACGGCAGCUGGAUAAAUGCGAUGAUAUAU